AUGCUAUUGCUACUGCUAGUUUCCGUGGCUUUGGCAUGUUAUACUAGAACCCCCUUCACUGAGGAACCCAGUCAUGGAAUGGGGGUACGCUUCACCCAGCGUGGAUUGGAGAAGUUUUGUCAGAAAGGUUAUGCUAUUAUUCCUGAUAUCAUUGCUGCGAUGUCUCCCUUCCAAAUCCCAGAAAUAACCGUCGGAACCCUUAAGUUUAUCCUCUCCAACGUGAAGCCCCGCGCAGUGCGUGUUUCAACCAUGAAGGUCUACUUGCAAGAUAACAACUUUGUCAAGAUGGAGGCCCGGGACGGACUCAUGCAGCUCUCGAUGCGACUCGAGGCAACCAUCACCGGGAUCACCGGGACCGUCGACUGCACCUUCACCCUCAAGGACUUCGGGGCAGACAUCUCCCUGAGGCUCGGGGAUGACUCCACCUGUCCCUACCACUUUGGGCUCUCCGAGAUAUCGAACGUCGUGUACUCGUCUGGGCUCGACAUCGAUGCCAUCGGACUCGACACAGGCGGAUCUGUCCUUGCAACUGCCAUCCAGGGCAUGGCGCCCACGUUGGAGACCUUAAUAAAGGACACCGUACUGCAGUUCCUUAUGGACACCAUCUUUAAGUCGAUAAAGCAGUCGAUGCUGAACUUGCCGUUAGUUCACCAGCUACGUGACUACUUCACCGACCAGCGCUACAUCAACGGGAUAAAUGUCAUCGACAAGAAAAUUGUAACCAAUCAAGGCGGGCUUACAAUGAUUGCUGAUGAAAUAAGCUUUACGCCUAUACUCUCCUAUCCAGUUGGAAUUUCAUCUCCUCCUCCAAAGGCAGUCUACACCGACAGGGACUAUGAGCUCUACUUUGACAGAGAGUCUUUUAACUCUUACUUAUACAUCUGGCAUACGAAGUAUGACAAGUUCAAGGCAGACGGUCUCACUGUCCCGUACAGCACCAUCAGGGCGCAAAACAUACCCGGCCUUGCAGAGGCCCUUGUGGAGGCCGGACUACUAAGCAGUGUUAGCGAUCUUGGACUCGGGGUCACUCUGGCUCUGUCGGUCAGCCCCUCCAAGGACACUGCUCCCCACAUACCGUGGAUCGGGGCGGCUGCACUACCGGUCAACCUCACGGGGGCACUUUCUGUGACGGCCAGUAAGAGUUCCACCUCUGCUUCUAAACUGUUGGUUAGUGCAGAAGGCAAUGUGCUCUUCUCUGCUCGACCUCGACUGAGAAAGCACACGUAUGGGUUUAACAACGACCAAGCCCGUGCAUACUUGGAACUCACUGAGCUAGCUAAUAUCACCAUAACUAAGGAGGAUAGAGAAGGCAUGCAUGAGUCCGAGCCCCUGCUGAAGUAUCUAGUUCUAAACAAGUACUUCCCUUUCGUCAACGGCAUUCUCAUUGACCCAGGAGUAUGCCUCAUGAACGGGAACUUCAUUGAUCUUGCUAGCGUCAAUCCUGUUCAGUUGUGCGAUGAGGACAGGGUGCUUUUCGUCGCCGAUAUCGAGAAGAAUCACUACUUUGCCUGA